UACCUACUCUGUAUCCGUUUGUUUUUCAAUCCUAAAUAUAGACUUUUCAUUCGAAUUCGAUUGCGGCGUGAAAUAAUACAAAAGUUCCUAAAAAUUGUUUCAAAAAUAUUACAUUAUUAAUUCAAUUUUAACUUGACGAGCACUGCCGCAAAACAAUAUUGAGAAGAAAUCAAUUCUAACAAAAUGUUUACGUUUACGAUUCUCGAAGCAGACUAAACAAAGGCUGAGUGUGUACUCCGGCGACCGCCAACUCGGAACUACCAGCCCGAUUUAUCUUUCACCACCAAAGCCCCACUCCUUCCUACCGUUGACUGACGGCUGUCAUUCGAACAUUUGACCCGUGAGCACCGAAAAUCCUCAACCGUGACACAAUUGCAUCAUGGAUCUCAGCCAAACACGGGUUUAUGCAAUGCCAUUUUGUGUAAUCUUGAAGAAUAACCACUUCACAAAUCCAGCCCAGCUCGGCAAAUUAUUCUGAACCCUGACUCACAGGUGCAAUGUAUAAAAAUAAAUAUCAUCUAUUUCCGAUACAUCACAAUUGAGAUUGGAACGAUAACAUAAAUUACUUUUGAAUUGCAGAUUAUUGGCACGAUCUUACUUUAUUUAUAACUAUUCACUUGAUUGGUGAAUAUUACCGUCGACACCAUAUGCUUUUUGGCACAAUAAUACUUGCGAAAGUGUACAAAAGUCCGUGCUUGUUUCUCGCGCCCCCAAUUUAGCGACCUCGGUCGCUGUCGAAGCAUGUCGGGAUGACCGAUUAAGCGUUCAAUUUUGCUCUUCGCUGUGUAUAAAUCUUUCAUCGCCGCAAUGCCGCCCGUCCACGUGCCCAACUACAAUAAAUGGAACAGACCCCCCACCGCUGUCUACGAAGAUAAUUAUGGCUACGGUAUAAAUUUCUAUCAACCAAUGAUUGACUACAUCUCAGCCAAAGAGCACGGAGUCGCCGCUAAACCACCACACUUGCCGUGGAAUAACGAGAGGGCUUUAGAUAAAUACAGAUUUAAUAAGCCGAUCCGUGCGUAUUCGGAAGAGGAUCUCACUCGGAUCUCGCAUGAUAUUGCUGAGCAGGCCAAACGAGAUCUGAAUACGUUUACCGUGGGCAAACGCUCGCCCUUUUCAGUGAUAGCCACAGCCGCGGCCGCGAAUGUCACAAAACACGUAGGCGUUGAAAGCGUUACAGUAAAAGCAAAGAAGAAAAAAAUGGAAAGAGAAAAGUAUAAAGCUGAACGUCAGAAAAAGAGAAUGCAAGAAAUAGAAAAAGAACUUGACCUUUACGAAAAAGAAGUCAACUUGGGUUCAGAGCUGAGACAAAAAGCAGCAAUGUAUAGAGGAAAAUCAGCAAAAGCUAUCGCGCAAACUCUAUUAGAAGAAAGUAGAAGGAAUGUUCAAAAUGAAAGAAUGUACAAGCCUGACUUCCAGGCUUCAAGGACUUUGGUUAAUCGAGAUUACACGAAUUUGUCCAAAAAUGUAUUAGCAAAAGCUUUAAUGGAAUCUAAGGCGAUGAACUCGUGCGACAGUCGGGUCACAGAAUCCAUAACAGAAACGGUGAGAGUACGUGAAACUUCACCUACAACUUGCGUAGUAAGAAUAAAUACUGAGCUCCCGGCAAUCGAUAACUCGUACCUGAAUCAAUUAAACGAAUUAAAAGAAACCGUGAAGCAGUUUGAUGAUCUGAGUGUGUACAUUCUAAAUGAUAGCAGGUGGGACUUAAAUAAGUUGGGUGUUCAUGUAUUAUGUAAUACUAAUUUCUAACAAGUUACAGUUGUGUAUUGGUGAGAGAUCACUUCGAUAAAGCGGCACGACAUGAGAACCCUCUCAUCGUGGCCGCCGGUAACUAC